CCGGGAAGGCGGCGAGUUGCAGUGCUUCCCGCGAAUAGCCAGCGAAAUAUCGAUUAACCGCGAGUUCAGCGCAUGCAUAGUGGCUUAUUCUUACAGAAUACGAUUUUUAAACAUACUUACGGACAUAUCCACGUGGAAUAUUUAUUCAGGAAAAAAGCACGUCUGAGAGCCUGUGAUGAAUGGAAUCCUUUCAGAAUGCUCAUAUGACCGUUCACAGUCUGGGUGUGAGAUUCAAUCAGUGUGGAAUAAGGUGGGUCUGCAGAAGUAUGGUGGAGCCAGAGGAGCGGCCCUCGGUGGCAGGCCAGCGACUCGGGGCCCCUGAGAGCAUGGGCAUCAGCACACUGGAGCCCGGCCAGCGGCCCCCCAGCAUGCCCCCUGGCAGACAGAUCUCUAUUCAUGUCCAAAUGCUCGAUGACACUCAGGAAGUCUUUGAAGUCUCGCAACGUGCUCCUGGUAAGGCUCUGUAUGACCUUGUAUGCUCUCACCUGAAUCUCAUCGAGGGUGAUUACUUCGGCUUAGAGUUCCAAGACAACCGCAAAAUGACGGUCUGGUUGGAUCUGCUGAAGCCAAUUCUAAAGCAAAUCAGACGGCCCAAGAAUACAGUCUUACAAUUUGUGGUGAAGUUUUUCCCUCCUGAUCACAGUCAGCUUUUAGAGGAGCUGACCAGGUACCUGUUUGCCCUGCAGAUAAAACAGGACCUCGCUUGUGGGCGCUUGACCUGCAAUGACAGUAGCGCUGCCCUGCUGGUGUCACAUAUAGUGCAGUCUGAGAUUGGAGAUUUUGAUGAGGUGCAAUGUAAACAACAUCUACUCAACAACAAAUACAUUCCUGAUCAGGACACACUGAUGGACAAGAUCAUGGAAUAUCAUCGCAAACACGGAGGUCAAACACCCGCUGAAUCGGACUACCAGCUGUUGGAGAUAGCCCGACGACUGGAAAUGUAUGGAGUGCGUCUUCACCCCGCUAAAGAUCGAGAGGGAACUAAACUCAGCCUUGCUGUGGCCCAUUCUGGUGUUCUGGUCUUUCAGGGACACACCAGAAUAAAUGCUUUUAAUUGGUCUAAAGUCCGCAAGCUGAGUUUCAAGAGGAAACGCUUUCUCAUAAAACUACGACCUGACUUAAACCAGAGUAACUGUCAGGACACUCUCGAGUUCAUGAUGGGCAGCAGGGACUGCUGUAAGGUCUUCUGGAAGAUCUGUGUGGAGUAUCACGCCUUUUUCCGCCUCUUCGAGGAACCCAAACCCAAACCUAAACCGGUGCUCUUAACCAGGGGUUCUUCCUUCAGAUUUAGUGGCCGCACACAAAGACAGGUUAUUGAUUAUGUAAAGGACUCUGAAUUCAAAAAGGUUCCAUUUGAAAGAAAACACAGUAAAAUCCAGUCCAUCAGUGGUCUUUCUCCAUUCCCAACCAAGCAUUGUGCUGAGGGUCAAGGAGAGAGGAAUACCAUUGCUUCAGGACACCAGGUGGACUCGCCUCUUGGGCGCACCCAAGUGACUGUUGAAAACUCGGCUCUCCAGCGUUACACUGGGAGCCUAACCUCACACACCAACAGAUGCCGAAACGGGACCCACGAUGAGGCCGAUGCUCGAACAAAGCCAUCGCCAUCCAAGCAGCAGGCCGAGCAUCUGAGCACAGGUCUAGCAUCGCGUGCUACCAAGGGUCCAGUUACCAGCAGCCCUCAACACGGUGCGUCUCCGCCUGUGGCCACUGCGAUGGUAAAUGGGCAGAAGCAGACUCUCAGCCUCGGCCAAUGUCCAGAUGGACGACAACCGUCUCCACUCACAAGCCCCUUACUGACUGACGCUGGCUUCGUCCGCACAGACGACGAGGAUGAGGUUCGGAGGAAGCGGUUCCCGACUGACAAAGCUUACUUCAUUGCCAAAGAGCUCCUGACUACAGAGAGGACGUAUCUGAAAGAUCUGGAGGUCAUCACUGUGUGCUUUCAGAAGUAUGUGGGGAAAGAUGAAGCCAUGCCAGAUUCAUUGAGCAAUCUCAUAUUUGCCAAUUUUGAACCAGUGUACAAAUUCCAUGAGAGUUUUCUGAAGGAUGUGGAGCAGCGAUUGGCUCAAUGGGAAGGCCGAUCAAAUGCUCACAUCAAAGGAGACUAUCAGCGUGUUGGAGAUGUCAUGCUGAAGAACAUCCAGGGUUUGAAGUUGCUGACUGCACAUCUUCAGAAGCAUUCUGAGGCGUUGCUGGAGCUUGAGAAAACGUGUCGCUCUUCCAGGAAGCUUGAAGGACUCUGUCGGGACUUUGAGCUGCAGAAGGUCUGUUAUCUGCCACUCAACAUCUUCUUCCUGCGGCCGCUGCAUCGGCUUCUGCACUACAAACAGAUCCUGGAGCGACUGUGCAAACAUUACCCACCGACACAUGACGACUUCAGAGAUUCGCGAGCUGCGCUUGCUGAUAUUUCUGAGAUGGUUGUGCAGCUACAAGGCACCCUCAUUAAGAUGGAGAACUUCCAGAAACUUCUUGAACUUAAGAAAGAUCUUGUUGGCGUUGAAAAUCUUGCUGCUCCAGGACGGGAGUUUAUCAGGCUCGGUUGUCUCAGUAAGCUGUCUGGAAAAGGUCUACAGCAGAGAAUGUUCUUUCUGUUCAACGACGUAUUGAUGUACACAAGUCGAGGUAUGAUGCCAUCCAAUCAGUUCAAAGUGCACGCCCAACUUUCUCUCUAUGGAAUGACGAUUCGUGAGAGUGAAGAUGAGUGGGGCGUCCCUCAUUCAUUCACUCUGUUUGGACUGCGCCAGUCUGUCGUUGUGGCCGCCAGUUCAGCAUCUGAGAUGGAGAAAUGGGUGGAGGAUAUCAAGAUGGCGAUUGAACUGGCAGACAAGUGCAAUGAUCCUUCAUCUGAAAUCCUGUCCAGUAGUUUCACUGACAGCAAAUGCCCUGAUGAGUCUAGCGCCGACCAGGAAUCAGAAGAUGAUUUGAGCGCCUCACAGACCUCACUCGAGAGACAGGCACCUCACCGUGGAAAUACCAUGGUUCAUGUGUGCUGGCAUCGCAACACCAGCGUAUCGAUGGUGGAUUUUAGCGUAGCUUUAGAGAAUCAGUUGUCUGGCAAUCUGCUAAGAAAGUUCAAAAACAGCAAUGGCUGGCAGAAGUUAUGGGUCGUCUUCACCAACUUCAGUUUGUUCUUCUACAAAACACACCAGGACGAACAUCCUCUUGCCAGUCUUCCGUUGUUGGGCUACUCCAUUACCAUUCCUUCAGAGUCGGAGAACAUUCAAAAAGACUACGUCUUCAAGCUCCAUUUCAAGUCCCAUGUGUACUAUUUCAGAUCCGAGAGCGAAUAUACGUUUGAGAGGUGGAUGGAGGUGAUUCGCAGUGCGACCUGCUCUUCUAGUCACAUCCGCUCUUUUAGCCGCAAAGACGUCUACUGACCAAAGAGAGACCCUUCAAAACCUGCCUUCACCAACACACACUGCCCCAAACACCCACAUAUUGGGCAUUUAUAUCAGGUUCUCAAUCAGGUUCUAAGUAUCUUAUUGCAACGUUUUUUUUGUUUUUUUGUUUUUUUGUGGAAAUGUCUUGAGUGCUAUACCGUUUUUGUUCAAUUUAUCGAAAUAAGCAAGUCAGAAGACUUUGAAUGGGUUUGGAUGUAAAGCAUUGUAAUUAGAAGACAAUGUCAAAAGUCAGCAUCGAAACAAGAGUCCAGAAUUUACGAACUUAAGCAGAUGUAUUAUUGUAACUGUCGCAAGAUGGACACAUAAAUGCUAAUCAGGACAAAGUGAAACACUUCCAGUUUUCGCACUUGUUUAAAAUGUACAGAAGACACGAUAUACUAGCUUCUACACAGUGGGCCUCAUUCAUAAAACAUGAGUAGAACGAAAUUCUGUGUAAAUCAUUCGGAGUACCAUUCUUACAUAAACAGUUGCAAUUUUCGUAAAGAUGGCUUUAAGAAUGGUUUUAUUGAAUUGAAUGUGACAAUUGAUGUAAAAUGGUUUUACGAAUCGAUUUUGUGAAUUGAAUGUGACAAUUUAUGCAAGAACUUUUUUGUUGAAUUGUGUGCAAUAAUUUACGUAAGAAUUGUUUCAUGAAGGGUUUUAUUGAAUUGAAAGUGAUAACUUACGUAAGAAUGAUUUUACAAACAUUUUACAGGUUUUAAUGUGACGAUUUACACAAAAAUGGAUGUACGGAUUGAUUUAUUGAAUUGAAUGCAACAAUUUAUGUUAGAAUGUUGUUACGAACGGUUUUAUUGAAUGUGUCAUGGUAAAAAUAAUUUUACAUUUCACACAUAAUUUUUUCUGCUCGUUUCAUGAAUGAGGCCAAUUGCUUUUAAAAACUGGAUUGAAGAAAAUAAAAUUGUCAGAAAUUUCCAGAAGAUUUUUGAAUGUAGUAACACCACCGUUUUUUUUACUCCAGGUUUAAUGUUAAAAAGGGUUGAUGCCUUCUGUCUGUAUAUGGAUGAAUCUCUUGAAAACUGCCAAGAACAUAUCCGAGUCAUAUUUCACCCUGAAAUCGGAAGAAAAACAUAGCUUAUUUUAAGACCAUUAAUAUUUUUUACAUUGUGAAAAUAGACAACUGAUAAUGAUGCAAGUAAUAACAUUCUCAUAACUAAUUAAAAAAAAAAAAAACAAUUUAAAAAAAUUGUAAAAUAUAUUUAUAAAGUACAAUUGUAGUAUACAUCAUGAUAGUAUUUGAUGUUGUGCAUUUAUUUUAUGCUUUAAAAAAAUAUGUCAUCCAGACAUUAUUAUUUUUAUAUAUUUUUUGCAACACAGGCUAAUUUUCUUUUAGUAAAAUGUACUUUAUUUUCUUUGAUUUUGGGGUGAAGUAUGACCCGGACAUCGAGACAUUUAGAUCACACCAAUAGACCAACGUCUAUGCAUAACCUGGAUUUGUAAUAUUUUAGAAGAAACCAUCUCUGCUGGCCUGAGACUUUGACAGAGGCUGCCUUCCUGACAUUUGUACCACACUCCGAAUCUCUUUCUUUUGUAGGACACCAUUUUUAUAAAAAUUUUUAUACUAACUAUGAACCACUCCACACAAGUUGUGCACUAUGGGGGAAUUGUACAGAAGUCCUCAAGCAAUCAUUCUGUCAUUGCAACUCCAGAAAAAAAACAUUUUGCUGCCUUUUAUCUAACUGCUUGAGUGCCAAACUCUUUCAUAAUUACGUAAUUCUCUUUAAUCUUCUUUAUAUAAUUUUUUAUGUUGUUGAUGCUUUUGUACUAUGUUGAUUCUUUCUUUCGUGAUGCAUAUGAAAAAACAUGGAUAUGUUGGCAGAAAUGUAAGUUAGAUAGUGAGUGACUGUGUUCAGAAUAAAUAAAUCCAUAUGUAUGGGAUGCAUUGCACUUACUGAAAUAUGAAAUAUGAACAUUUUCUAAAGCCAUAAAACAAAUUGAGUUUGUAUUAUUUUAUUGUAAAAUUCAAUGCUUGUACUCAACUCUGACUCGCAUAAAUACAGAACAGAUAUCCAGAUAUAUUGGAGUGUUUCCUAAGCAGUUCAAAUAUUUAUUCAAGGUCUUGUCAUCAUUCAAGUAUUUUAAAUGAAAACAAAAAAAUCACAAGAAAGCUAUUACCAUUUUACUUGCUAUAGUUCAAUCACUUUUUUUUUUUUUUUAAUCUCCCAAUUUUUGGAAUGCUCAAUUUCCACUACUUACUAGGUCCUCAUGGUGGCACGAUUACUCACGUCAAUCCGGGUAGCGGAGGACAAGUCUCGGUUGCCUCCACUUCUGGGACCAUCAAUCCGCGCAUCUUAUCACGUGGCUUGCUGUGCAUGACACCGCGGGGACUCACAGCAUGUGGAGGCUCAUGCUACUCUCUGCGAUCCACGCACAACUUACCAUGCGCCCCAUUGAGAGCAAGAACCACUUAAUCAUGACCACGAGGAGGUUACCCCAUGUGACUCUACCCUCCCUAGCAGCCGGGCCAAUUUGGUUGCUUAGGAGACCUGGCUGGAGUCACUCAGCACACCCUGGAUUUGAACUUGCGACUCCAGGGGUGGUAGUCCACAUCAAUACACGCUGAGCUACCCAGGCCCAACUUGCAACUCUUUUCAUGUACAGUGGUGGCCAAAAAUAUUGGCAUCCUUGGUAAAUAUGAGAAAAGAAGGCUGUGAAAAAUACAUAUAUCCUUAUUGUUUAUCCUUUUGGUCUUUCAUUCAAAAUCCUAUCCUCAAAUAGUUAUCAAACAAUUCCAAACACAACACAAGUUGUAUCAAAAAACAA